AUGUGCGGCGACAUUCACCCUAAUCCAGGACCAACUACUACAAAUACGAACAUAAAUCCAUGUCGCAGUAAUAAACAGAACACAAAUGGACCUCGGGACAACCAAUCGGACCUAUAUUGUAUGCAUAUGAAUGCCAGAAGUUUGAAGAAAAACAUCCACUCGCAAGGGAAUUUGUAUACCUCUAACCUGCUAAAGUUUCAAGAGAUGAUUUACUCGGAGAUGCUUGACAUAAUGUUUGUAUCUGAAACGUGGCUCAACAGCGAUAUUUCCAGCAAAGAAAUUCUACCCCAUGGGUACGACAUCUAUCGGACCGAUCGAUCACUAGGACGAACUGGAGGAGGCGUGUUAGUAGCUAUUAAACAAGGUGUUUUCAUCAGCUGCAGUCAACUUACUUCUAUUGCGACUUCUGACUUAGAGGCUGUUGCUAUCCAAUGCACUCUACCAAACCACGAAAAAUGGCUCCUUGUGUGCUGUUACAGACCACCUGUUAGUAAAGAUCUGUCUGAUCUUAGAUCCAUGGCUGAUAAUUUAUUUCCAAAUUACGACAAGAUCAUUAUUGCUGGUGAUUUCAACCUUCCAAAUAUUUCUUGGACAGAUUCUAACCAUACAUCAACUGGAACAUUAGGUCAAAAUUUCUGCGAUAUCUUGGAUGAUUACUUCAUGUCUCAACUCUGCCUCAUCCCUCCGAGAGAAUCAAACAUUCUGGACUUAAUAAUUACGAACCAACCUGAACAAAUAUCGAUUUUAGACAUUUGCGACCCAACCGAGUUAGGAAUGAAAACUGAUCAUAAAGUUACUAGAUUUACGUUUUCCAAAGCAUCUAACAACAUCUUGUCAAAUAAACGUUUGGUCUACGAUUACAAAAGCGGGAACUUUGAUGAUCUACGAAAACGUCUAAUAGACAUGGAUAUUUGUUCUCUUAUGACAAACAAUGGAACUGAUUCUAGUAUCGAUGAUGACUGGUCAAUUUGGAAGAAUGGUGUGUUGACUGCUGUACACGAAUUUAUCCCCACAAAACAAGUAAAUCCAAAACGUUCACCCCCGUGGAUAACCCCAACCAUCUUGCAUCAGAUCCGUGAGAAAGUUAUCACUCGUAAGAGAUACCUAAGCCGAGGAACUGACUAUCUAAAAGAAAAAUUCAGUCGAUUAAGAGCUCAAGUCAAGAAAGCAAUUAAAGAAAGCAGAGAGUCGUUUUUCCAAUCCUUAGGCAGCACAUUAAAGAUUAAUCCCAAACGUUUUUGGUCCAUCUUCAAAAUUAAGUCAUGUUCUGGAAGUGUACCCAACUCAGUCUCGAGAAUUUGUACGAACAAUCCUGAAAGUAGAUCACAGGCAUCCACACCGCAUAAUAUUGUAUCAAUGUUUAACGAGUACUUUCAUUCGGUAUACACCAGCGUCUUGGAACAACCAUCCUCAACUCAACCUAGUUCAUCUUCUUCAAUAUCAAGUAUUUCAUCAAUUGAUCUCACCCAAGAAGAAGUGUGCCAUGCUCUACAGAACUUAGACCCUUCCAAAGCUCAUGGUCCUGACGGGCUUCCUUCACGUAUUCUGAAAGAAUGUGCUCACCAAUUGGCGCCAUCACUUCAUUACCUUUUUACUAAGUCACUCAAAAUAUCCCAAGUUCCCGCGGAAUGGAAAUUAGCGAACAUUAUUCCAAUACACAAGAAAGGUAACAAGGACCACGUUGAAAAUUACCGCCCAAUCUCCUUGUUAUCCAUCGUAAGCAAAACUCUUGAACGAUGUGUACUCAACCAUAUAUCUCAUCAUAUACAAUCUAACAUUCAUUCAGCGCAGUUUGGUUUCGUAAGCGGUAGGUCGUGUGCAACACAAUUGUUAUCCAUUUUAAACACUAUUGGGGAGAACUUGGACAAGGGGUUACAAACUGACGUUGUUUUUAUGGACAUUGCGAAGGCUUUCGACACUGUUGACCACUCCAACUUGUUGCGAAAACUGCGUGAAUUUGGUUUCUCUGGUUCUGUUCUCCUCUGGUUUCAAAAUUAUUUAUCAGGACGCUUCCAGCGGGUAACUGUUCAUGGAGCUACAUCACAAUCCUUGCCUAUUACAUCUGGCGUUCCACAAGGAUCAUUAUUGAGUCCCUUCCUCUUCUCUAUUUACAUAAACGACUUACCUAACCACUUAUCCUCCUCUACUGGGGUCGGUUUGUUCGCUGAUGACACCAAACUCUAUAAAGCCGUGCAGAACCCUUCUGAUGCCUUGGUUUUACAAGAAGAUAUAUGGAGUCUCCAAUCUUGGUCAGAGGAAAACAGGUUGCGUUUUAACAAUUCUAAGUGUAAAGUACUUUCUAUCACAAGGAAAUCAUCUCCGCUAAUCACUUCGUAUAGUCUUGACGGUCAACAACUGGCUUUGUCUAACACUGAAAUUGAUCUAGGCGUUGUUAUAAAUUCCAACCUAACCUGGAUCAAUCAAGUAAACAGGGUGCGAUCUAAAGCUAAUAAAAUGCUUGGAUUUAUACGACGGACUACAAUGGAAAUGCAUGACAUCAGGGCGAGGAAGUACCUUUACUUACAACUGGUCCGCAACAAUUUUGCGUAUGCGUCUCAAGUAUGGUCUCCACAAACAAUCAAAUUAAUCGAGAAUAUCGAGAAGGUGCAGAGAAGGGCGACAAAAUACAUUUUAAAUCUCGGUUUUAUCACCAACGUUCCAUAUACAACAAGACUACUUCAACUCGACUUACUUCCUUUAACUUAUUGGCACGAAUAUUUGGAUUUAGUUCUACUCUACAAAAUAAUCAAUGGCUACACAUAUAUCGAUGACAGUGCUCGACCAACAAUGGCUGGUUCUGGAAUAACGAGGAGCGAAACAAAUGAGAACGUAUAUAAAUUUUCAAUACCAUUUGCCAGUACGGUGACCUUCCAGACUUCUUAUUUCAUUAGAGCGUGUAAAACAUGGAACAUUUUGGGCUGUGAUCUUCGUCACAGAGAUAUUGGUCUGAAUACCUUUAAAUCUAAACUUAAGACAUAUUACGAACACGCGCUAUCCAAAAUAUACAAUUGUGACGAUCCACGCACAUGGAAGUCGAUAUGUGUUAAAUGUAGAAGGGCAAGGUCCCUGGACGGUGUUUUAAGAUGUUGCUAGUUGCAUGUAUGUUAUGUUUUGUUGUAUGUUAUGUUUUGUUAAGCGUAAUGUCAGUUGUCUGUUAUUAGAUUAUUCAAUACUAAUAUUAACGUGAUUUAGAUGUAAUUAUUAAGGACUCGCCGUAAUUGGGGACACUGUGGCGAGUAUCCUGGCACUACAUUGUUAAAAUUUAAAUUUAGUAGUUGUCGAACAUUAUUAAAUCAUUAAAUCAUUAAAUCAUACCUGUCUCCUACGGCACUAUAUUUGCCCAUUAUCUCAGCAUAAGGAUGUCUCCCAUGGCAGUUAUGCGCUUCGUCAAACACAAUCAACGAUACAUCAGUUAUUCUAAGCAAAUCUCGCUCGUCUAUCAACAGAUUAAGGAAAAUGGCUGGCGACAUUACCAGCACGUCGACUGUACGGUCUACCAAAGACUUCAAGACUUUGAUCCAAGCUGGGUUGUCGGUUGCUUCGAGUUCUCGUUCUCCUGUGAGUAUUUCAACUUUCAGUUUUGGUAA